AUGCCAAAUCAGCAAGUGAGACCACAAGGAGGUGCAUUCCACCAGGCAUCAGGAAGUAAUUCAAAACCAACAGCGCCUUCAUCAAAUCAAGAGAUGUCACAUUUCGAGAAAGAAAUGAUGGAGUUUAUGAUCAAACAAGAUCAAAAGACCGAGGCACGUGAAAAGAAUCAAGCAAUUGCUAUGAGAAAUUUAGAAAACCAAUUAGGGCAAUUAGCACAAGCAUUGAACUCACGAGAACCUGGAACGUUGCCAAGUAACACCCAAAAUCCAGGUAAUGUCAAUGAUAAGAGGGAAUGUAAUGCCAUCACACUUAGAUCGGGAAAGGAUUUAGCUCCAAAGAAUCAUGACUUACCAGUCACCGAUGAUGAGCAGCACCCGAUAAGUGUUGAGACUCAUAAGAAGAAGCAAGAAUUGAAAGAUGAUGAAAAAGAGUAUGUCGAGAUUGAGGACAUAACUGAUGAGGAGUACAGGAAGAAUAAAGUGAACAAGGAAGGUCCAACAAGUUCAAGUCCAAGUGUUGGAAAUGAAAAGAAAGCCCAAGAAAAAGAUGCUCGAACUAGUGCGAUAGUUACACCAACAACCUUACCUUUCCCACCUAGGAAAAGUAAAUCCAAGGAAGAUGAUGGGCAAUUUAAGAAGUUUCUAGAGAUCCUUUCUCAACUUCAUAUCAACAUCCCUUUUGUUGAAGCCUUAAAACAAAUUCCCACAUAUGCAAAGUUCAUGAAGGAAGUUCUUACAAGGAAAAGAGUUUGGAGAGAGUUUGAGACUGUUGCAAUGACGAAAAGUUGCACAUCAAUAAUCAAAAACAGAUUACCUGUGAAGAAGGAUGAUCCAUGUAGUUUCAUUCUACCGUGCAAAAUUGGAAAAUUUGACAAGAUUGGUUUGUGUGACCUUGGUGCAAGUAUCAGUUUAAUGCCUUUGUCAAUUUUUCAAAAAUUAGGACUUGGUGAAGCUAGACCGACCACAGUUUCACUCCAGCUAGCAGACCGAUCUAUGGUAUAUCCAGAAGGUAAAAUAGAGGAUAUCAUUAUCAAGGUUGAUAAUCUUUUCAUUCCAGCUGAUUUUAUCAUUUUGGAUUAUGAAGCUGAAGAUGAUUGUGGAAUAAUUUUAGGGAGGCAAUUUUUGGCAACUUUGAAGCUUUAA